GUGAAGGUUGUGAAUUAAAAUAAUUGUGAUUUGUGAAAGAUCAUAGAAAAAUACACUCCUGCAUCAAUCAAUCAUGUUAACAAUAAACUAUUUAUAAAGCACCUUACUGCUUAGUGCUUACACUAAAAUGCCUAAAGCAUUAAGUUUGAAGAAGAAUGGAGUGAAAAAUCAAAACCAAAAGCCCAUAACACAGUUCUUCAAAAAUGCACCCCAAGAAGAAAAAGUGUUAUCACCUAAGAAACAACAGUCUGAAUCCAGAGAACAAAAUUUAAACAAAAGAAAAGUACUAUCCCCUACAACUUGUACAAUAAAUGAAAACAUUGAUUCAGCAGAGGAUUUGGCUUUCGAAAAUGUUUCAAAAAAGCCUAAGGUGUUUAAAAAUGGGGGCACCAUUGCUAACAGUAGUAGUAGCAAAGAAAUAUGCCCAGGUGGUCCAAAGUCGCCCACUAAAACUUGUUCAAGCGGGAGAAUCCAAAAUAGUGGUAACUGUGCAAAAGAAAAAGUAGUAGAACAUCAGAGUGGAACUCAUGGUGUUAAUAAAGAAAAUCAUGUAGUCAAUCAAACCAAUGGAUGUAAAAACUUUGAGAAUGGUUGUAGGAAAUCUAUGUCACCUAAGAAGAGUCCUGCAGCUGUAACUUCAAGAUCACCAGUUAAAAACAAAAAAGAUAUUAUACAGAAUUGUAAUAAUCAUGAAAAUCUUGCUCUUGAAAAUGAUAUUUUUGAAGAGGAAUUUGAAAUUGAUGGUCUCGAGGAGUUUGGAAUCGAAAAUCUAGAUUUAACUAAAAUACAAAGGUGUGAAAUACUGUCACUCAUACAGCACCCAAAUAAAAUAGAGCUAAAACUCAAGAAUGGUGUGAAUGAAAGAGGAACUUGCUUUAUAGAGGGACUUUGGAUGGGCACACCACUUCAAGUUGGUGAGGUGGUAAGUGUGAUAGCUUCUCGUGAUGCUAAUGGCCAGUUCACAGUUGGCAACUCAUCGGGAUUGCUGGUGCUACGUCCUGACCACCUCAUAUCUAGCACUAGUGUUGUGGCCGGAGUGUACUGCAGAAGAAAAGCUGUGCUUCAAGAGAGAUGGCGAGGCAUAGACUCUGCUAAUACAGCUAUGACAAUUGGUACAAUAAUACAUGAACUGGUCCAAAAAGCUUUAACUCAGCACAUAACUAGUCUAAAAGAUUUGCAGAAAGAAGCGACAAGCAUUAUCAAAGAUUCAAUACAUUUAUUAUAUGAUGCUGGAUUAUCAGAGAAAGAGGCACUUGAGAAUAUGCAAUUGUAUUUAGCUCCAUUGGCUGAAUUUAUGAAGACUUAUGUUGAGGGAAGUAGUAUACAGCAUAAUAGCAAAGAUAAGUGGCCGGGAAAGAUAGAACAAGUGCUAGAUAUUGAGGAAAACGUUUGCUGCCACCAAUUGGGUCUGAAAGGAAAAAUAGAUGCUACACUGCAAGUUACUAUUCAUGAUAGAAAAGGUACCCGUCAAGAGAGAGUACCACUGGAGCUGAAGAGCGGUCGGGCGAGCGGGUCGGCGGAGCAUCGCGGCCAGCUGGUUCUGUACGGCAUGAUGCUGGCCCUGCAGCGCGGUGACCAUCCCGCCACGGACGAUCAUGCGGCAUUACUGCUAUACCUCAAGGAGCGAGUGGACCUGCGUGAAGUGAGGUGCGGGUACCCGGAGCGCCGCGACCUCAUUAUGUUGAGAAACGACUUGGCGCAGCAUCUCGCGCCCGGACCCAAUGACGUAGACGCUGAGAAAUUACCGGACAUAGAAGACGCGCCCCGGCACUUCAAGCAAAGUCUCCCGGAGCCAAUUUACAACGAGCGAGCUUGUACCAGCUGCCCCUACCUCACGCUGUGCUCCAUACAUCUGUGGCAUACGGAGGAGCCAAAGGUGUCAGAGUCCCAUCCACUGUCAAAACUAAAGAGCGAGGCUCUGGGUCAUCUGAGCAUGGACCACAUCAAAUACUUCCUCCACUGGACCAGCUUGCUGCUGAUAGAGGAGAGAGCACAAAAGUCAUCUAUGCCUCUACACGCGUUAUGGACUGAAUCUGUCGAGAAGAGAUCCAAGAAAGGUGUAUGCGCAGCCAAUUUAACAUUGAAAUCAGUGUCGAAUAUAGAUGGACGGUAUAUGCAUGUGUUUCUACGAGAAAAAAGAAAUUCAGAUACAGCACGAUCAAAGUCAACUAAAGGUCCCCAAGAAGGCGAGUAUUCCAUAGUGAGCAUAGACAACAGACCGUGGAUUGCUGCCGGCGUUAUCACCACUGCUAACGACACAGAGAUUCGAAUAUUACUUGAUAGAGAUCUGAGUCGUCGCUUGGACAAGAGUACACUGUUCCACAUAGACAUGUACGAGUCCUACUCCACUACUGUUACGAACCUCACCAACAUUGGCGUACUCAUGGAAGACAGUGACCGCGCCCUAAGGUUGAGAAAAAUCAUCAUAGACAGAGAGCCGGCGGUAUUCAGCGAGAAGUUGCCGCGUUCUGUGGGGCGGCUCGGCGUGCGACUGAUGCGGCGGCUUAACGUGCAACAGCAACGCGCCGUGCUGCGUGUUGCCGCCGCACAGAGCCAUGUGUUGCUCAGCGGCCUACCUGGGACAGGUAAAACCCAGACGAUAAGUGUCCUCAUGCAACUGCUGGUGGCGCUAGGACAGCGCGUGCUCGUCACGGCGCACGCGCACGCUGCUGUUGACAAUGUGUUGGAACGACUGCCCGCCACGGUGCGGGUGAUGCGUCUAGGUGCGGCGUCACGCGUGUCGCCGAGCGUGCAGGCGCGCAGCGAGCACGCACUCACUACACACUGUGAAACACCCGAACAGCUGCAGGCAGUUUAUGACGCUAUGGAGGUGGUAGGCGUGACUUGUCUAGGCGCCGCCCACUCCAUGUUGGCGCGCAGCACGUUCGAUGUGUGCAUCGUAGAUGAGGCUACGCAGGUGCUGCAGUGCACGGCGUUGCGGGCGCUGUGCGCAGCGGCGCGGUUUGUGUUGGUGGGCGACCCGCAUCAGUUACCGCCAGUCGUGCGAGCCAGCCUCGCCAGGCGGCUGGGCAUGGAGGAGAGUCUGUUUCACCGCGUGAUGAGCGAACACAACACGUCCACCCUCCGGCUACAGUACCGCAUGAACGAGCGCCUGGCGCGACUCGCGAACGUCGUUGCGUACGACAACCAGCUGCAGUGCGCCGAUAGUACGGUCGCGAACGCUACCAUGGACUUGGAUGUUAAGAAACUACCUAACUUUACAUCAGAGGAAGAGUGGCUGAAAAUUGCUUGUAGUCUUGAACCCCACGAUGCGGCUGUGUUUUUCGACAUGAAUAUGAAAACGGAUCAGAACAGCGGCGACAAAGCGUUAUCCAAUCCUUAUGAGGCUUGUGUGAUAAUAGCUCUUACUGAAACACUCAUACGAGGUGGUGUCAAGCCGACAGAUAUUGGAGUAAUAGCACCAUACCGCGAGCAGGUGUCUUUACUGCGUCGCUGCCUAAACGCGUACGCAUGGUGCGACGCGCACGCUAGUAGCGACGCACGCGCCGUCCCAGAGGUCAGCACAGUUGACCAGUUUCAAGGCAGAGACAAAUCAGUUAUUAUCUAUUCAGGGACCAAACAAGUCGAUGACAAUAUUGAUAAGAAAGUAAAGGAGGGCGAGGUUUUGAACGACCAACGCCGUUUAGCAGUAACCGUGACACGGGCCAAGCACAAACUUUUGUUCGUGGGUUGUUCGCGGGCAUUGCAGCGUUACGCGCCGCUUGCACGCUUUAUGGAAGCUUGCGACAGAACAACGUUACAGCAACAGAAUAUAGAACAUAUGUUCGACAAAUACAAACAUUUUGUUACAUAGUUAUCAAUUAUCAUUGACAAGUUAUACACCGCAUGACAGCAGCAUUUAAAGAUUUAUAGUAUUUUGUGUAAGAAGGCAGUUAUGAGUAUUUAUUUUUAAUUAUCACACCUCGGAAACAAGACUGGGCUAAGUGACGGUUUUUAAUGUAAUG